AUGGAGGAUCACAGGCUGGAGGCGCUCCGGGACGAGUGGUUUCGAGGGAAGCGCGCGUGCGACGUCGGAUGCAACGAUGGAUUGUUCUCCCUGUCCCUCGUCGGCGCGUUCGCCCCGGCGUCGUGCGUGUGCUUAGACAUAGAUAGUGAUCUCGUGCGAGCGGCGCAGCGAAAACUGGAGGCGUUGCGGAGACACAGCGCGGCGCAGGCGGGCGCGGCGGAGCGCGGCGAAGGCGAAGGCGCGUUGGCGGACGCGGGUCAAGCGUUCGGUGGGGUCGAAUUCCGACGAGCGAACGCCGUGGAGUUUGAUUUCGGAAACGAAAAGUUCGACGUCAUUCUCUUGCUCAGCGUCACGAAGUGGAUUCACUUGAAUUUCGGCGACGACGGCGUGAAAACCGUCCUUCGCAAGUGUCGCGACGCCCUCGUCCCCGGCGGUUCCCUCAUCAUCGAACCGCAACCGUGGAAAUCGUACAAAUCCACGCUGCGCAAAAAGAUCAACGGCGUUCCGGUGCUUCCGGACGAGUGCAAGGCGAACUUAGCCGCGAUCGAGUUCCGCCCCGACGCGUUCGAGGCGCACCUCCUCGGCCGCGACGGCGGUUUCGCCUCCGCCGAGCGCCUUCGCCCCGCGGGCACCGCCGCGUUCGACCGCGAGAUCUUCCGAUUCAUCAAGCACCACCAUUAA